ACUACGACCAACAGCAGAAAUUAAUUCGUUAUUGGGGUUAUGAAAAAGCAAGAAUAGGGAAUGGAUAUAUAAGCGAGGAGGAAAAAUUGGCAAGGCAAAGCCGAGAAUAUUUAAAAGAAAUAGAAAGAGCCAAGUAUCACGAGCAAAGAGGCAAAAUUAAUUGUAAAUGUUGGAGUUGCGAGGAACAAAAGAAAGUAAGAUCCGAAGUAGAAGCAGAAAGGGAAAAAGUAUUGGACGAUUACGAAGCCGAACAGAAAAAAAGCGGAGACAAUGAGGAAACACCAGUAAAAGCCGACUGUGGAAACUGUUUUGAAUAUAAAAAAGUGGAUGCUGAUAGCGGAUUGUGUAAAAA